AGUGUGAGGUGUGCGGGCGGCGCGGCCGGGCGAACGGCCGGAGUGAGCGCGGGGAGAGGGAGGGAGACGCGGUGACACGAGAGUGACGUGACAGGGAGAGAGUGAGAGAGGCGGAGGGAAGGUCACGUCACCCUGUCCGUUGGGUCCAGUGAGGAUAUCGACGCGUUGAGAGCGCCGAGCACUGCCGGUCUCGGCUGUGACGAGCCCCGCGUGGGAGGUGAAACGGGAGCGAAUCGGGCAGUUACCACCGCCAUUCCGUCUCACUGAGCCCGGCCUGUGAAUAUCCCAUGGCGCAGUCUCAGGUGGUGCCCUAUCGCGUCGGCAACUGAAUAAAUCCACCUGAACGGAGCGCUGAAUGUCCUGGUGAAGAGCGCGGUCAAGUGAGCACUGAAUGUUCCGGGAACGGGAGCUGAGCGGAUAAUGCUCCGGUGAUUGGUGCAGUGAAGUGAAUGCGGGACUCUGCGAGGCGGACCGCAGUCACGGUGGCUGACCCACACUGCUCAGUGGGAGCACAGAGCCAUGGGGGACCCCGUGUACAUGCCGCAGCGCAGCGGAGCCGGAAAACACUUCGCCGCUCUGUCAGAAAUGAUGGCCGGCCAAGAUCCACGAUGGCAGAAGGACGCGGCAGACCAGAACUUCGACUACAUGUUCAAGUUGUUGAUAAUUGGUAACUCGUCAGUGGGAAAGACGUCGUUUUUGUUCCGCUACGCCGACGAUUCGUUCACAUCUGCCUUCGUGUCAACAGUCGGAAUCGACUUCAAAGUGAAAACCGUGUUCCGGCAAGACAAGCGAGUCAAACUUCAAAUAUGGGACACGGCGGGUCAGGAGAGGUACAGGACGAUUACGACGGCCUACUACCGCGGCGCCAUGGGCUUCAUCCUGAUGUACGACAUCACCAACGAAGAGUCUUUCAAUAGCGUUCAGGACUGGUGCACCCAGAUCAAGACGUAUUCUUGGGACAACGCCCAGGUGAUUCUGGUCGGGAACAAAUGCGACAUGGAGGACGAGCGAGUCAUCAGCUACGAGCGCGGAAAGCAGCUGGCCGACCAGCUCGGUCUCGAGUUCUUCGAGACCUCCGCGAAGGAGAACAUUAACGUCAAGGCCGUGUUCGAGCGACUGGUGGACAUCAUCUGUGACAAAAUGUCCGAGAGCUUAGACUCGGACCCCAACAUGAUGAACGCCAGCAAAGGCACGCGGCUCACCGACCAGCAGCCCCCGAGCUCGGCGCCGUGCAACUGCUAACACCAGCGCCGCCCUAGCGGCCACCCCGGCAACUGCCGGCGGCCGCCUCACGGACGGGGCACGCGGGCGGGAGGGCCGGUCCUGUCCGAUAGGCACGGACCAGGGCGGCUGGGAGGCUCAGAGGGCUCAGUCGAGGCCAAGUGGAGUAAUCUGAUCUCAGUUGGGGUCAUCUGAGGUCAUGAGGUCAGAUGGUGUCAACUGAGGUCACGGGCUAUCAGCUGAUAUCAGACUGAAGUCAGCUGCGCGCAAGGAUUGGUUGAUAUCAGCUUGGCCCGUCUGAAAUCUGAGGCCAGGGGGCCUCGUCUCGAGUCACUCCAAGGCAGCUGGCGUCAGCUGAAACCGGCUGAGGUCAGUUGAGCUCGCGGCGCGGCGCUCGGUCAGCCUCAGUCGCUGUUGGGCCCUCUUCCAAUGGCCCCGCGCACAGCCCAGCCCGGUACUCCGGGGAGGGCUCCCAGAGGAGGUCAGGCGGCCGGUGGCGGCCCUGGCGGCGCGCCCUGACGCUAGUCGCGUCAGACCCCUCAGACAGACGCGCUCCUGGUUCGGUGGGCGGGGAGGGUCGGAUCGGGCCGGGCAGUGACCCUCGCUGUGCCUCUCGGUCCCCGAGGUCUCCGUGUUGUCUCGUGCUGGCAGCGGGCUGGCCCUGGUCGGACGGACAGCUGUGUGAGCGGGCCGCAAGCAGACGCUCGGCGCGCUCUCUCCGGCUCUCUCCUCUCUUUCUCCUCGUUCCUGUCUGUCUCUGUGUUCCGCCGCGGCCUGCCGCAGGCGGAGACCGCCGACGCUCCGGUGAAUGUCCCUCGCGAGUUAAACAGACUUCCUCCUUCUCUUCGAGACAGGAAUCUCCCCACAUGUGAUCGGAACGCUCACUCCUCCGAUUUGGUCAGACUGGUCUCCUAUAAACUCGCGUUCUUCCCCAUCUACCUUUACUCUCGAUAUUCGGCAUCUAAAAACAAUCAAAUCGGCGCGGUGACACGAACGCCACCUAUACCGCUCACCGUGCGUGUAGCCCGCCACCUAGCGAGUGCCAGUGGAGUCUGCCCGUGAUGGACCCGCCGCGCAACAGCCCAAUGUCGCGUUUCCCCUAUAUAGACUGUGAGUUUGUACGUGUACCUGUGAGCUGCAUGCGAUGUAUCGGUGCUGUCGCCUCUCCUUCGCUCUCUCUUUCUCUCUUCCCUCUGUCCCCGCGGGGACAGGCGGUCGCCUUGUUACGUGUUGCAGUUUCGUUACGCUGUGGUGUGCCCGUUUUCGUUUCGUUUCUGUUUAGUUUGUUAUGGUGAAAAGGCUCUGUGUGCGACCGAGUGGAGGCAUCACAUGUAGCGGAAUGACAGGAGUGCCACCACCAGCCCGCCAGUAGACAUGUUCUUUGCGUUGUUUCGAGGCGGUGUGUUUCUGUUAUUUCCGGAGCAGCGCGGCCGCUCUGUCGAACAGGGCACGCGCAGUGAAGUCUGUUAGACAAUGCGCCGGGAGCGCUCCGCGACUCCUCUGCCGGCGGCGCAGCGGCAACUGAUAAUGCGCCGUGACCGCGGCGCUGUGCCCGCUCGUCAGUUACAUUCCGUUCCGCCGCUCUGGAACCGCGCGGUGCGCGCCCCGUUCCGCGGUGUCGUUCCGUUCGUUGGGCCGGCCCGGCCUCUGCCGGUGCGCCCCGUUACGUUGGACGUCUGUACACACCGGAGCGGAACCCGUGCUUCCGCGCGCGCUGAUCCGUUUAUGAUUGUACAUAUAUAUCGUAGGGACCGAGUUGCGUUGCCAUCCAGUACGAAUACACAUGUUAAAUGUCCA